AUGAAAGUACCCAGUAUUAUUCACAUUCAGCUUGUGGCCCUAAGAAGGCUACUGGUAGAAACCAAAGAACAGAUCUGCUUUGCAGUAAGAAGUGUAUUUCAGAAGAUAUUUGCGUGGGUUAUGUCAUUAAGCUUGUUUUCAUGGCUUUAUAUAACUGUUCAAAAUCUUUUGAUAAAAGCAUUGAGCGUAGGACCAGUGCCCGAACAUGUCUCCUUCAUCAUGGAUGGUAACCGUAGAUAUGCUAAAGCACGAAGGCUACCAGUAAAAAAAGGUCAUGAAGCUGGUGGUCUAACACUACUAACACUGCUCUAUAUCUGCAAAAGGUUGGGCGUAAAAUGUGUUUCCGCAUAUGCGUUUUCUAUUGAAAAUUUCAAUAGACCAAAAGAAGAAGUAGAUACGCUAAUGAAUUUAUUUACAGUAAAGCUUGAUGAAUUUGCCAAAAGAGCCAAUGAUUAUAAGGAUCCUUUAUACGGAUCUAAAAUAAGAAUAGUAGGUGACCAAUCUUUACUUUCCCCCGAAAUGAGGAAAAGAAUUGAAAAAGUGGAAGACAUAACAAAGAAUGGAGACGAUUUCACUUUAUAUAUAUGUUUUCCAUAUACUUCGAGAAAUGACAUGUUGCAUACAAUUCGCGAUUCAGUUCAGGACCUUUUGGAAAAUAAAUCACCAAGUAGGAUUAAUAUAAAAAAAUUCACUAAUAAAAUGUACAUGGAUUUCUAUUCCAAUAAAUGUGAACUAUUGAUCAGAACCAGUGGGCAUAGAAGGCUGUCGGACUAUAUGCUAUGGCAAGUGCAUGAAAAUGCCACCAUUGAAUUUAGCGAUACGUUGUGGCCGAAUUUUAGCUUCUUUGCUAUGUAUUUAAUGAUUCUCAAAUGGUCCUUCUUUUCCACCAUUCAAAGAUAUAAUGAGAAGAAUCGCUCGUUGUUUGAAAAGGUUUACGAAGGCGUUCCCUCUAUACUUAAAAGAAAGAAACCAUCCAUGCCAUUAUAUCAAUUUCCAAACCCUCCUCUUUCCGUCUCGGUUACAGGAGAAGAAUGA